CAACGCAGCACCAGUGGGUGUGAAACCACCACCGACCGUGGAGACCCGGAGGAGGGGGAAGUGCGUGAAGUUCUCUUUUGGCUGUGCGCCUUUACGCACAGAUCGCGGACGGUGACGGGCCUGAGUGCGGCUCUGUGAGAUCUUCUGGAGCUGCACAGAUUACCUGAAGCAGCUUCACUCUUUCAUUCUCAUCAUUCGUCUCCAGCCAGGCAGUUCAGAUAACCCUGCACAGCAGACAGAUGCGCUGGAGACGCGCUGGAGAUCAUCGCGGAGCGUUCAGUAGAUCACGCUAACAAAGCUAAAGGGAAACACGGCAGCAUCAUGAGUGGGAGCGCACAGGGGGGGUUCCUCUCUCCGCCAAGGGAGUGAGGAGAGAAGAGAAGAAGAAAGAGGAGACGCAGGAGGAGGAGGAAUAGACGGGAGGAGGAACAGACACUUUGCACCUGAGACUCUGGGGGAGCAUGAGGCUGUGAAUCCUUCUUUCCUCUCACGGAGCUUCUUCAUUAGUUGACCUCAUGACUCCCAGAGUUGGAGCCACCGCUCGGAGCAGAGCACCCCCCCUCUGGAUGCUGCUGUGCCCUCUGCUCUGUGCAGGGGUCCAGGCUGGGGGCUCCACGCUGAGCCCUGAGGACUUACAGAGCACCGCUGCCACGUCGCUGCCGGAGGACCGGACCGGCACGAGCAUCCAGCUGCAGCCGGACCUGCAGACUGAAGCCCAGAUGAGCACAGAAGCUCUGCAGACUGCGAGCAUCACCAGCAACUACACAGGUCUGUCCUGUAUCCCCGUCCUGCCUCCACGCCGCGGCUCCUUCUAUGUAGAGAGCGGCACCGGCGUGUCCAUCGGCAGCGUGUUGGCCUUCUGGUGCAGAGAGGGAUACCAGCUGGUCGGCAGCGACAAGAUCUACUGCAACGUGAGGAACGGCAAACCGCAGUGGAGCAACUAUCUGCCGGUCUGUGAAGCGAUCCCCAGACCGGAGGACCGAGGUCUGAGAGUGGCUGUGUUGGCUUCAGUGGUGAGUGGCAUCGUCAUCCUCGCCAUGUCUCUGUCCUUCCUCGUCUGCUGCCUGCAGGAGCGAUCCAGUCGGGACCGAGCCAAGAAGGAGGGACGGAGCAGGCGCAGAGACAAGCGCUCGGGCCGCCGCAGCGAGUGUUGGCUGGAGAGGGAGGAGGGAGAGUGGGAGGCUUUCCCUCCUCCCAAGAUCUUCCAUCUGUCCCAGAGGAUGAACCCCCGCCUGGCCCCCGACAGCCCGCUCUACCUGACCGGAGGGCUAGGUGGAUACGAGAACAGAGGAUACCAGAGGAGUCAGGAGAGUCUGCUGAAGGCCUCGCUGCCCGGACUCUACCGCUCCGAGUCUCAGCUGUACCCACACGUCGUCCUGCAGAGGGUCCCGACCCCGACAGCACCCUCCGCUCCGUCCCUCUACCUCCACCUCCCCUCCUCCGCAUCUUCACCCGCCCACAUCUCCGCCCACGGGCCGCCUCACAUGAUGGCGCAGUAUCCUACCCCGACCUACCCGCCCCACCCCAACACAGCCGUGCCCCCCUACCCUCACCUAACCCCAGCACCUAUCUACCCCAACCCCAACCCAACACCACAGCGGCCGUGGCAGUAACCACGUCUUCCACUUGUCCUGGUCCCAGGAGGGUUCCCCCUACGCUGCAAAUGUGUAGAAGCUCCUUCUUUACUGCACGUCUGCUCAACUUCUCCUGCAUUUUGGACUAAACAGAAACUGAACACUAGAUUGUUUUUGUCCUUAAUUCUUACUGAACUGCUGCUGCAAUUUUCGGCAAAGACUUCUGUGGAGAAAGUCUCGCUUUCUCUUAGUCGCCAGAAAUUACAGGAAAGUUUCAAGUAGCCGGUCAACAAGGGAACACAGGAAGUUGUACUUUAAGAUGAACUAAUCCAUGAAGAGCUCACAUCUCAACAGAGUUUUAAUAGUUCACUGUUGAGGAUCAGCCUUCAUCUAAUCUACAUAUACAAACUAUAGUUUUGAUUUGAAGCUAAAGUCUUAACAUGAUUUCUGAAAUUUGCUGUGUUUCACUUCUUAUUAAUGCGUCCUGAUAUUUCCCACACAGACUGACGGCUUCAUAACACACUCAGUAAAUCCAUCGCUGCUGCUGCAGUCUCUCGGUUAAUGAUACAGUGAUCGCUUUAAAAUGAUCGUCUCCUUCUCACCAGAAUUGUGAACUAAAUGUUAAAAAUGUUUCUCUGUCUGUACUGCCACAACUUAUUCUGUCUUAUCGAGUCUGACUGGUAAAGUAUUCUGCUUAUUUCAUGCACAAUAUACAUGAAUCUGAGAUGGGUCGAAUAAUAACUGUAAAUAAUUAUCACAAGUGGAGUGAAUUAAAGGCAGUUUGGAGCCUCACAUGCUGAAGGUUCAGAUAACAAGUGUGGUGUCAAACGUCUCGUGUGGUCUGAGGACACACUGGGAGACUCACAAAGAACCACGUCCACCUGUGAACUCUGAUACACUUGAAUUCUCCUGAACUUCUCAUGAAUAAUGUGUUUACUGUGCGUACAGGACGUUCUCAGAGCCCUUUCCUGUUAACACUCUUCAUCUUUGAGCAGACACGCUAACAAAUCUGCACUUUACAUUUUAAUACGGGGGGAUUAAACGCUAUAAAUAUUUCUUUAACUGUAAACUAUUUGCUGUAUAAUAAUACAUAAAUAAAUAAAGAGACUUUUGUUUAGUUGAACAGCU